AUGCUUCCGCUCCGCAGACGUGGACGAUUUUAUGCCAUAGUGGCUGUGGUUAUGGUUUUCUUGCUGUAUCGUUUCAUGCAAGAUUCAUGGUCACAGUCCCACUUUGAGACGGUAAAGCAACCGGGCCAGUCAGCCUCUGGGCCAGUGCAAGGCUCUAAAGAAUCUUUCGAACCGGCUGUCGUACCGCCGCCAAACAACCUCCCCGACUCUGAGCAGGAUUCCAGUGCUGCAAACAAACCCAAGCCAGCCGUGCCCCAGGGUGACACGAGCUCGCUGGACAAAACCCACGAAGAUAUCCCCGCGAAAGUUGAUACACCCGUGGAAGAGAAGCCUGCCGCAGAGCAACCAGUUCAAGUGGAGGAUGACCCAAAGGCCGUGCCUGAAGGAAAGGCUGAAGACAAGACCGAUGAUAAACCAGAGAAUAAGGCGGAAGACAACAAGAACACACCAGAGCAAGACCCACCUCAAGUUCCUGCUGUUCAUUUCAAGGAUCCUCCUAAGCAAGUCGAUAAUCCUGACAUCCCCGACGUUAAUGUCGACGGUUCAAAGGUUCAUUGGACUAAGCCUAAAGAGAAUUUCCCUAUCCCUCCUGAGUCUAUCAAACCACUCCCAACUGGCACACCUCCUAGUAUCAACAGAAUCCAGUUUGACUUCCAACCUGAGGAUGUUACAACGAGCACCACUCGCAUAGAUCGAUUAAAUCGUGUUAAGGCCGAGAUCGUACGUGCUUGGUCUGGUUAUCGCAAGCAUGCCUUUAUGCAUGAUGAGCUCUCGCCUGCUUCUUUGAAAUUCCGCGAUACUUUUUGUGGCUGGGGCGCAACACUCGUCGAUUCGCUUGAUACUUUGUGGAUUGCUGGUAUGAAGGAGGAAUUCGAUGAGGCUGCCAAGGCCGUCGCCAAUAUUGAUUUCACUUACACCCAUCGCAACGAUAUCCCUGUGUUCGAAACCACGAUCCGUUACCUGGGUGGUCUUGUCGCUGCGUAUGAUGUGAGUGGCGGAUCGUCUGGCGAGUACAAGGUUCUGCUUGACAAGGCCGUCCAGCUUGCCGAGGUCCUUAUGGGCAUUUUUGAUACUCCCAACCGCAUGCCCUUAUUGUAUUACCGAUGGCAUGAGCCAUACUCUUCGCAGCCUCACCGUGCCAGCACUGUCGGUAUCGCAGAACUCGCAACUUUGUCAAUGGAAUUCACCCGCCUCGCUCAAUUGACGGGAACACAUAAAUACUAUGAUGCUGUCGACCGCAUCACUGAUGCUUUGAUUGAAAUGCAAGCAGCUGGCCGCACUCAUAUUCCAGGCCUCUUCCCCGAAAACAUCGAUGCCUCUGGUUGCAACAGGACCGCCGACACUCAGACAGAAAGCCUUAGUCAAGAGGCCCUGCAACAGGUCAAGUCCGCUGAUCUGACUAAGGAGCCUGAGGGCUUCAAUCCCGCCACACAAGGCGAUGCCCCGGGCGAUUCUGAACAGCUCCCUAAAGCUGACAGUCGUUGGGAGGACAAGCUCCGCCGCCGUGACGUUGCUGAGGGUACUAGCGAGUCUCUUAAAACGGACGACCAGACACCGGCUCGCCCUGCAAGUCAACAAGCACCCCCUUUGGCUGCAGAUGGUUCUUCGGCAGAUUGGGAGUGCAAGCCCCAAGGCCUUGUUCCCAGCAGCCCUCACUACGGACACUACCACAUGGGAGGGUCCCAAGAUUCAGCUUACGAAUAUUUCCCCAAGCAAUACCUUCUUUUGAACGGUCUGGAACCCAAGUACCGUGCGCUUUACGAGAACACUAUUGAUGCUGUCAAUGAGUGGCUGCUUUACAGACCCAUGAUCAAGGAUGACGGCUGGGAUGCUUUCUUUACUGGAAAGUUGACCACUUCCAGCAGAGGUGACUCUGAAUGGACAAAAAGUUACGAAAUGGCCCACCUUUCAUGCUUUAUUGGAGGUAUGUAUGGAUUGGGAGGCAAGAUCUUUGGUCGUGAUGGAGAUAUCGACAAGGCCAAAAAGCUCACUGAUGGCUGCGUAUGGGCAUACCAAUCAACGCCCACCCAUAUCAUGCCUGAAUUUGCUCAUUUAGUGGCGUGUCCUGCCCUGGAAAAGUGUGCCUUCAGCGAGGAGAGCUGGUAUGAGGAUCUCGACCCCAGCAGGGAAUGGCGAGACAGCGAGUUCCGCAAAUGGUCAGAAGGUGAGGCUCAGAGGAAGCUUGCCGAAGAUGCCGCUCCUGUUCCUGCCCAAGCCCCAGGAUCUCAGCCUCCCACACCUCAAUCGGGGGAUGGAAAAGAACAGCCUGGCCAGCCUGCUCAAGCAGAUAAGCUUGGUGGCUCAAGCGGCAGUGCAGAGCCUGUAGUGAGACCCUUGGAGGCCGCCGGAGCAGCAGCAGGUGGGCCUCCGAAUGUUGUCAAGCGGGCUGGUAUACCGAUGCCUGAAUUGGACAGAAAGACGGAGGAAGAUGCGUCGAAAUUUGGCUCAAAACUCCCCGACUCUCUUAAAGAUAAGAUCGGACUGAACCAACCCGAGGCGGAAAAGACCGACGCCGACAAACCUGAAGGAGAGAAUGGCGAAUCGAGCAAGAGCGAUUCCGACAGAGCCGAGCCUGCUCUAGCCGAGUCGAUUAACAAACCUGCCGCUGUUCAAGACGUGAUAGAAAAUGCCGCUGAGCCAAAACCAGCUACUGUGGACAGUUUCGAUACUAUGAAAAACUCGGAGCAAGUUGCUGCUCCUGACGGAACGCCUUUAGAGAGACCCAUGACGCACGAGGAAUAUGUCAAGUCUAGAAUUGAGAGAGAAAGACUCCCUCCUGGUUACACGGAUAUCAUUAACCGGAACUACAUCCUGCGACCUGAGGCCAUCGAGUCUGUCUGGUAUAUGUAUCGCAUUACUGGCGACACCACCUGGAUGGACAAGGGCUGGAACAUGUUCCAAGCUACUAUCGCUGCGACUCGCACCGAAUUCGCCAAUAGUGCCAUCGAAGAUGUCACAGACACUACGCAGAAUGGUCUGAAGGAUGAGAUGGAGAGUUUCUGGCUUUCCGAGACUCUCAAGUACUAUUUCUUGCUCUUCUCAGAACCCAACGUUAUCAGUCUUGACGAAUGGGUCCUUAACACUGAAGCACAUCCAUUCAGGAGGUCCACAUGA